AUGAGGCUGUCCAUGCUGGCACUGCUGCUCCUGUUCUGUGGCCAGACAGUGGCUCAUGGAGGGCAGGGCCCUUGCCCUGGGAGCGCCGUCACACAACAGAACCCCGAUCGGAGCAAUGGCGCCACUGUGAACCCUAAACUCUUCAGCAGGAGACGGUACUGCUCACCACGCGUGCUCUUCAGUGACCGGCCUCCUGACUCUGAGCCCACCCAACGUCAGGACUCCGUGAGGAGAACACGCCGCUGGGCUGGCCCGCCCCAACACCGCGGUGUCUACUCCGUCUGUGAGAGCAUCAGUAUCUGGGUUGGCAACAAGACCAAAGCCACAGACAUCUCAGGCAAUGAGGUGACAGUGUUGCCUGAUGUCAACAUCAAUAAUGUGAAUAAGAAACAGUAUUUUUUUGAGACCACGUGCAGCAGUGCCAGGUCAGAGGGCUCUGGGUGCCUGGGCAUUGAUAGACGCCACUGGAACUCCUAUUGCACCAACUCGCACACGUUUGUCCGUGCGUUGACUUCCUUCAAGAACCUUGUGGCCUGGAGGCUCAUUCGCAUCAAUGUAGCAUGUGUGUGUGUGCUAAGCCGUAAGUCCUGGAGACAAUGA